GUAGGUAUGUUGUGUGCUUGGUUUUCAUAGCAAUAAGUGUUUAGGUUAUUUAAACAGAAAAUAGAAUACUAAAAAAGCACUCUUUUUUAAUCACCAUAUUAUUGUUCUCUUUCUAGGCACUUAAAAUGUACACGUAUAUUCUGAAUGUACUAUUGGGGUUCUUCACGUUUCUCCACCCAAUCAUUUGUAGUGCCAGGCUGUCUAUGGAAAAAAGUCCUGAUCCACAGCAGGUCACCAACAUCACGCUAGCGCUCAUCCUAGGUUGGUUAAUAAGCUUCUUCGACACCCUGUUUGUAUCACAUUCUUUCACGUUGGGCAGCCUAUAUCUCCUUGCGCGCACGGUUUUCUGUAUGUACCUUUCGCAUCCAUCCCUUCUUGGUGCGUUGAAAAUACAUGAAACAUUUUUGGCCCCACUAUUCGACGCUUACGCCCCCUCCGUUGAUGAUUUGGUGGUGCAGCACAUCGAUGCCAUGGCUAAGUCUGGUGUAAAGGACUACACAAUCGAAAUGGGUAUGUCUCUUUUUAACAAUGUUUUUAGGACAGACGGUAUUGCAUGCGAAUUAUUAGGGCCGAUGACGGCUUCGGCAGUACCUAAAGUCUCUCCACAGCAGAGGGGCUCACGUCAGCAUGAAGACGAUCUCGACAAACUCAGUGCCAUCGCGAGUAAAACUACAAGACGGUAAUAGGUAUGCCUAGCGACUAUAUUGAGAAUAUACAUUCAUUUAUACUAUAUACCGGCAUUAACAUCAAAUGUGACGAUCUUUUUAUUUUUUCUGGAUGACCCCAUUCUGAUCUCAAACACUAUAUGCAAAGACAAUAAUACAGACAAAAAAAUUUUAUUAGUGUAGAGAAAGAGCUCUGGAAAAAGAAACUCUGCAGUUGUACGGAGUUAUAAUAAAAAGCACCCAAAUCAACUAGGAUGUUGUAACAAAAUCUGAAUUAGCUUGCAAAAAUCCUUUAAAUGAUUGUUCCCAUAUUACGCUAUCCCAAAAGCAUGUGGGGGUUGUAGUGCGGUUCAUGGCGUAUGGAGCUUUACUGGAUUACAUAAUCAAAAAAGGAAAGUGACUGAAGUGCAUGUUAAUUAUGUUCUUUUAAUCCCACUCUAUCUAUUUUUAUUUUGGUAUGUGUAUGUUGUUGUUGUUUUACGUUGAUUGGUAUUAAAAUGAUGCAUGUGAAAGAAAGUGUUUGUAUGUCACUCUACAGUUUUCUCCAUGUUAUUCUUUUGCUCUGGAUAGCA